AUGGCAACUGCUCCUCCUCAGCAGUCCGCAGGCCGGGCCAUCACCGUCCUCAGCGGCCGCUUGAACACGGCCACCCUGCUCCAGGACCGCCGCGCCGCCGUCCUGAGUCUGCGAGGCCUUGCGAAAGACUAUCCCGCAUCAGUCGCUUCCGAGUGUCUCAAGAACCUGAUCACCAGCCUGUCCAACGAUGGCGAGGACGUCGACACCGUCCAGGCCGUCCUGCAGACCAUCCUGAACUUCCUGCAGCCCAAUCAGAACAGCCUCGAGGCCCCGGAAGCCGCCGAAGACAUCACGCUAUGGGUUGCCGACGAGUUCGCCUUGCGGCCCGAGAACAUGGCCCUGCUGCUGAGCUUCUUGGAGCAGGAGGAUUUGUUCUCCCGCCUCUACACCCUGCAGCUCCUGCACAUGAUACUGUCAGUGCGGACCGCCAGGACCGAGGAGGCCAUACUUGCCGCUCCUCUGGGCCUGCACAGACUCGUGGCCGUGCUCGGCGACAAGCGCGAUGUGGUUCGGAACGAGGGCAUCGCGCUGUUGACAGCUCUCACCCAGGACUCAUCCGAGUUGCAAAAGAUCGCUGUCUUCAACGAUGCCUUCGAUUGGAUCUUCUCCAUCAUAUUCGGCGAGGGAGGACUGUCCGAUGGCGAUAGAGUCAUCGAAGACUGCCUCAUCCUACUGGGCAACCUUUUGCGGAACAACGACCCCAACGCCAUAACAUUCCGGGAAGCCGGGUGUGUUCCACACCUGGCCAAGCUACUCAAGAGUGCUCACGGGCUCGGAAACGAGACCGAAGAGCUCGCUACCUGGGCCCUGGAGCAACAAGAGAGGAACACGUAUGCUCUGCUCGCCAUCACGCGCCUCUUCCUACGUUCCGCCUCUCAACGCCAACUGAACCAGCAAGCAUUCUAUGCGUCUGACGGUCUGUAUCACGCCUUGCAGCUAGCGUUCAGCCAGGCUGCCGAUACAUCAAUACGGGCACAAGCUCUCAUAACCUGUGCUGACACCAUUGCGGACAACCCUCGGCUCCAGGAGAGGUUUCCCCAGCUGCAGGUGCCUUCCGUAACUGUUACCAACACAGAUGUGUCAAACGGAAAGCUAAGUGGCAAGUCGGUCACGCUCGUUUAUGUUAUUGAUGCGCUGCUCGAGUUUGCUCUCAACGUCCAGUCUCCUGCCAUGUUCCCUCUCCGCAUGGCUGCCUGUCAGUGCUUGAAGGCUUACUUCAACCAUCACGAUGAGAUCAGGCGGCACUUUGUGCAACAAGCCGUUGAGGGAUAUAGGCUUGGGAAUCCCGCAACCGACAAUGUGCUGGCUAUUCUAGCGGAAGACUGGUUUGACCCAGACUCGGAAGCAAGCAGCGAUCCAUACCACUACUGGUUUGCUGCUGUACUCCUGCUGAAUCUCAUGGGAGAAUCGUGGAACUCCGAUAUCCUUGAAAGUGCUGCGACCAACGGGGACAGCCGUGGUGCCAAAUCAUCACCUCCCAGGAUACGCAGCAUCAUGAUGAAUUGGCGUCAGACCUUGGGUCUCUCAAACAACCGUCCAGCGCUCGGGUACUCGAUGCUGAUCACGACGUGGCUCUUCAAGAACCAAGUUGGAAUAAAUAUGUUUCUCGAAGAGCCGGAGAAUCUGGACAGUCUGAUUGCAGCCGUCCUCUCGGGUGACCAGGGCGAUAUCCUAGUCCAAGGUGUUUGUGCUGUGAUGCUAGGCAUUAUAUACGAUUUCUCCACGCAAGAAUCACCAGUCACGCGACAUGAGCUUUACCAAAUCAUACAAGCCAAAGUGACCCCCAAGCGGUUCUUAGACGCGGUUUGGUCGCUGCGAUCUCACCCAUCCAUCAGAGACUUUGACGAUACUCCCCACAAAGCAGGUGAUGCAGGGGAACUUCCGCAAGUGUACUUUGAUGAGCUCUACGUUGCCUUCUUCCAGACGUACGGCGACAUGGUAAAUGUCGCUAUCGAUAGGGGUCCAGACUCAGAAGUGGAGAUUACCGAGAGUGGGGAGAUUAUAUAUGUGAAUCGCCCCUUGGUUGAGGCUCUACGCAAGACCAUCGACGAGAAGCACUCUCAAUGGCAGGAUGCAGAAUCCAGAUGGGGCUCGAUCAAGCAGCAGCUUGAGUCGGAACGAGCCGAGCAUCAGCGCCAUGCAGCAGAACUAGGUAGGAUUAGCGGAGUCAAUGAUGCUCUCCAGCGGCACCAUGAGGAUGAGGUCAAGUCUUUACAGCGUAAACAGGAAGAGGAGAUACGGUCCCUGCAACGACAGAUUGAGGAUGCCGCACGUCAAAAUAAAGAUUUGACAAAGAAUCUGGAGAAUCGCAGGAAAGAUAUCGAUGAGCUCCAGCGAAAGUACGAGGAGAGCACCCGAGGACUGCAGCGAAAAGACGAUGAGAUCAAGUCGACCAGGGCAGCAAAUCAAAAGCAAAUCGAAUCCAUGCGUCAGGAAGCCCAGAAAACUGCCGAGGCUGCUCAUGCGGAGGCGGCCGAAAAAGCGGCUGAGAUACAGAGACAACUCGACUACCUGAAGAAGUCAUCGGAAGCCGAAGCAAAACGGAUCCAGAGACGCACGGAAGCAGAAGUAGCGGAUCUACGUGCAACAAUUAGCCGCCAAGAAGUCGAAAUCAUGAAAACUAGCAAGGCGCAUUCGCAAGAGCUUCAGUCUGCAACGCAAGAGCUUCAGACUACAAAGCAAGAACUCCAGACUGUAAAGCAAGAACUCCAGACGGCCAAGCAAGAGCUCAAGACUGCAAAGCAAGAACUCCAGACGGCCAAGCAGGAAUCUACGACCAAAGACAAGAAGAUCAAGGAAGUCGAACAGAAGCUUCGCCAGCUACAAGACAAGCUUGAUGAGGCUCAAAAAGCAGGCAAACAGUCUCGGCAACAGCAGGACAAGAAGGCUGAGGACAAGAUUCGGGAAUUAGAAUCCAAGCUCAAAGAUGCCGAGAAGCGCAAGGCGCAGAAUGAAGACCAGGUCUCGAAACUGACAUCUCAACUCAAAGAGAAGGACACAGAAAAGGCAGCUACGCAGACGGAAUUGGACGAUCUACUCAUGGUCUUCGGAGACCUCGAAGAGAAGGCUGAGAAGUACAAAGUAAGUUUUAUUCACCGACUCACUGCCGGGUAUCUCUUCCAGAUAUGCUAA